CUAUCUAGCUCCAAUAGAGCAAGUAGAGCCGCUCUUGUGCAACCAACACCACCACCUCCUCCAUUGAUUCACAGACUUCAAAUUCCCCCACAAGCAGCCCAUCAGCUUCCACAGUGAUCAGAUUAAUAACAACAAUAGCUUGUGAUCACACAGGAGGAGAUACCGGCGCUGCUCGUCCUCCGCGGGAUACUUGGAUAGCUACAGCAACAAGGAUCCAUCCCUGCGCUUGAUCCACACCUGUGUUUUCCACUUUGAGAACACCCGCUGUCCGUGUAAUUACUUGGAUACCUGCGCGUUGUCCUUUUUAUAAAUGUCGGACUGUAUAUAACUGCUAUGACAGGGAAACUAGCGGACAAGCUCCCUCUUACCAUGAGCAGUUUAAUAAACACGAUCCCUGACAGUCUCUACCCAGAAGAGGACAUCCCGACGUCUAUGAAUAUUUUUACCAAUACGGAAUCUAUUAACCACUACUCGCAGAUGAACACAGAUAAUAUCAUGGAUCUGGGCAUGGGAAGUGAGAAAGGAACUUCAGAAAUUCAAUAUGGAUCCAGCUUCCAGUCCAACCGCAGCGGGCAGACUGUCACCUACCUGGGGAAGUUUGCCUUUGACACCCCUCCGUCAGGUGGCAUCGGUGGCUCUGGCUGGUGCUCUGAUAACAAUAUCAUCAGUCUAGUCAGUGCAGGAAUUCUGGGCGUUUCUCCAUCACCCGGCACGGUAACGACGCAGACAUCUUCCUCCGCAGCCAGCAUGGGCGGACAGACGUCAGAUAUGGAGCAGGUAUACGGUCCGCCGCUGCCUGCCUAUUCCACCUGCAGUGACCUGUACCAGGAUCAGGUCUCCUUCCACCACAGCCCUGCCACCAGCACAGCCCUAGCCUACCCUGGCAAUGACUAUCAUUCCACAUCCAAAGCCUCCAUGGAUGGCAGCCUCUUCUCCAUGAUCCCUGACUACAACCUUUUCCAUCAUCAGGGGGAGGUUGGUGUGAUGGAACACAAGCCCUUCCAGACCAUGGACCCUAUCCGAGUCAACCCUCCACCCAUCACACCCCUGGAGACCAUCAGAGCAUUCAAAGACAAGCAGCAGAUUCACCCAGGUUUCAUCGGCGGGCAGCAGCACCCACCUCAACACCACCCACCGCCACAGACUCUGACACUCAAACCCAUUCGACCACGGAAGUACCCUAACCGUCCCAGUAAAACACCUGUCCACGAACGGCCGCACGCCUGCCCGGCAGAGAACUGUGACAGACGCUUCUCACGUUCAGACGAGCUCACACGUCACCUCCGCAUCCACACAGGUCACAAACCCUUCCAGUGCCGAAUAUGCAUGCGCUCCUUCAGCCGGAGUGACCACCUGACCACGCACAUCCGCACGCACACGGGAGAGAAACCCUUCUCCUGUGAGUUCUGUGGACGCAAGUUUGCCAGAAGUGACGAGCGUAAGAGACACGCUAAGGUUCACCUGAAACAGAAGGACAAGAAGCCAGCUGACAAAAGCGCUGGGGCAGCUGGGAGCCACAGCUCGCCACCCAGCUCCUGUGGGGGGCCAACAGUGGGAACAUCAUGACCAUCAUCACUAUGUGCACUUGGACUGGACCCUCACAAUGCCCCAUAAAGAGACUUAAGAAGAAGGGAUCACAUCUACUAUGAAAUAAAUAGGUGACUCUUUUCCUCUCUUUUACAUCCCCUGCUCUUUUGAGUUAAUCCUUCUAUUUUUGAGAUGGAUGCCUUUAGUUUAAGUACGAGGGGAAAGGCUGUUACACCCUUCUCUUUCAAGCAACUCAGAGCCUCAGCUACUGUAACACAGUGCCAGCACAAAGACAGGCACCUUGGCACACUUUGUCCAAAAGGUCACAGUGUAUCUGUAAGUUUAGGGGAGGAUACACUUUUGUAAAUUUUUCUGAUAAUUUUUUAAUUGGAAGGAUGCCAGAGCCCAUCAUAGGGAUUGAAACAGACAAAAUUACAGUGGAGCUUAGUUAAAUGGUGAGUUGUCUGGGAUGUAUGCAUUAAUUUUAUUAGGCUGUUUAAAAGUGCAAUUGGUUAUAUUUGUGUACUGUCAUGGAUACCUUAUUAGUGGCACUUGACUGUCUUUCUGUUGUUUUUGUUGAGGUGUAGUGUUUUUCCUUUCUAUUUGAAUGUUGUUUUCUCAAAGAAUGUGCCAAAUGUAUUGUGGUAAUACAGCCAACCUUGUUCUUAUUAUUGUGCCUGAUAUUUGCCAAACACCAGUGAUAUCAGCUUAGCACACAUGUUCAGCUAAAGGAAAGAUCAGAUUCACUGUUUCUCACAUUUAGAUUUACCUGCACAAUUUGGCUAAAUCUAGCUAAUGACUGAAUGGGUCACAACUCUGUGGAAGACUCACAGCAAACACGUCUUGUCGUUUUACCUGUGCUUGUAAAACAGAUAUGCCUGCAGCAGCAAUUCAUGCCUUUUCCAGUAUUUACUUAUUUGUAGUCACUUUGAGACACUGUGUAGUUUUUGUUGCCUUUUAUAUGGUGGCUUUAUGUGGCGUUAACAGAAAAUAAUUUUCAUGGCUUGUUUCAAAAAAAAAUUUCCCCAACACUGUUUUUUUUUUUCCACUUGUGCAGUUAUAUGCAAUAUAUUCAUGACAUAUCCCACCAUAAAUCAAAUUAACUGAGAGCACAUUUAGACAGACUGAACUACUUAAAAAUAUGACACUGGGUUGCAAAUCAGCACUAUAUGAAAGCAAAUAUUAAAAAAGAAGAAAGCAGAGAUAAUUGAGGCCCUUUGUGCUUCACAGUAUGUGGACAUAGUUGAAGUCACUAAAAGACGCAGCAGCAUAUGGUAAGAAAAAAAAAAAUCCACAUACAUGUUUACACCUUUUAAAAUACUGAGAGACUGAGAGCUGAGUUGUUAACUAAGGGGUUGUUGUUUUUUGUACAGUAUACAAAUAUGUAUGCAGGUAGCUACAGUAGAAGUUUCACUUUUGUACUCAAAUGUCAAAUGCACCAUAACUCAGUAUUAAAUUGUGCAUAUAUGUGCAUGCCUACAUGCACUCUAUGUAAAUACAAAUGUCUGCAUAAACAAGAACUUUCAAUUGACUGAAUGCUUGUGCAGAACAUGUAAAGCUUUUAGUAAUGUAGUUAUAAUACAGAAUAUUUUGUUGUCAUAGGUCAUUGCAAACAUUUUGGAGCACUAUAAUAGUGCCAAAUACAGUGUGUUAUCUUCCAUUGACAAAAAAAGCACUUGCGCCAUCUGUACACUUUAAAGUGGUAACUGGUUUGAGAAAGCACUAAUGUGUUCUCUGAAUAAAUGAAAAGAUUUUUUUUUUUUUUAUAUUUUGUAUAUCUCCAUUUUAGUUGUAAUCAUUUAUUUCAAUUAUUUCAAUCAGCACAUCUUCCCUACUGUAUCAGCACUGUUAGAUUUGAACAUAAUCUGUGUUCAUUCAGUCACAGGAACUUUCAGGGUGACAAACUGGUUAUUCUCACAUGGGUAGGUGACUUCACAAUUGGUUUGUCUAAAAGCAUGCAGUACAUUGCAGGGCAGUGCCAACGUAUUUCACCUCUGAUUCUGAUUCCUUAUUGAUAUUGGUCCUACUUGUUUUGUCCUUUGCAUCCUUUUACUCUACUUUUUACUGCAUGACCAAAAUGACAAAUGCACAACAAUAAUCACAUUUGAUACAAUUCAGUGACCAUAGGGAAAUUGCCUUUUCUAAGAAAUUUUCACCUUGUAAGAACAGGAGACAUUUAUAUGUCUUUAUGGUUCGAUGAUGCAUAAAGGUACAACAAAUCCUAUUAAAGUGUUUUUGUCAACUUCAAAAUACAUUGCUUACAUUAAUAAAAUGAUAACAAAAAAACCCUAAAUAAUACUGCAUAUGAAAAAUUAAAUGUGAGGAAUAAAUUAGAUAUGAACAAAUACAGUUAUUAAGCAACAUGAUAUAGGCAUAAAAAACUAACAUCACGGUUCUUUAAACAAAUAAAUAAUUUUGAUUAGUUACAUUGCCAUAAUGUUUGCCUGGGAGGGUAAUGACCGGGUCAGUGUGGUGAUACAGUUUCUUAUUUCAUUAGAAUCCUUACUUGAUCAAUUUUAUUGAUGAAAUAUCAGAUACAAGAAACACUCUUCUCUCAAUUUAAUUAAACAGACAGUGUUUCUAGUUAUAAACUAAUGCUCUUUGACUGUUAGAGUGUGUGCUGCAUUUGAGACUGAGAAUAAAAAAAAAACAUCAGCCGGAAAUAAAUACUGUACCAUUCAGUGGACACAGCGAUUAGACUAAAAGAAAAUAUCGACUCAAUAAUGCAAAGGCCAGUAGAAAAGUUCAGAAAAGCCGCUUCAAAAUGAGCUUCCAAGCCCAUGCUUUCCCUUUCCUGUAACAACCAGUUUUUCACUGCUGAGCUUCCUGGCAAGUAUCCACUUAUUUUCCAAUUAAUUUGGCCUCAGAGACUCCUUUCUCAACUCAUCUACAUGGUUAAAUGAACAGACCUCCUUGCACUUUUUGAGAUUCACACACUCUGUAACAUCUAAUUGUAAAUCAAUACUUCUGUAUUACAUAAAUAUGUUAAUUUAUGGAUGGUCAUCAACAACUGUAUGUUUUAUGUGGUCAUUCCAAUAAAAUGCAAUUAAAUUAACAGCCAGACUUAAUAGCUCCUUAAAACGGUAACCUUUUUCAGACUGAAAAAUAAAAUAAUAUGUCCAAUUUCUGAUCUGGAGAGUCAGACGUGGAUUUUGUAAGGUUAAAUCUUGUGAUGAGUAAUGGCUCUGAUGAAAAACUGUAGCACAUAGGCUCCUGGAGCUUGGAAACAUAACAAGUGAUCAGAAAUACAUAGAAAACACAAUAUGUUUAUCUUAAAUGUCAUAUAGCUGUAUCAACAAUAAUUUGAUGUGAGAUUAUAAUCAUUGUAGACUCUGGAUUAUUUUGAAUUUAUUUGACCAAAAAUGCUCCUGUGUGCUCUUGAUUUGACACUUGCUAGUGAGAAUGGAUGUUUUUAAUUAUAGUAUAUUGAAUGUGGCUCCUCUGAGAGAAAACUGUGUUUAUGUUGCUUUGUGUUAAGGAAUGAUGCAGAGUAAGGCGGAGACGACACCAAACUAUUUCCAUGUCUAAAUGAAGCCAUGUAAUUACGACUUUGCAAACUCGAUAUUUCAUCGCUCAUAUCCCCUGACUGUGUUUGUCACUUUUGUUUUGUAACAUUUUGUAAUAGACAGAUAGAUUUUACAAAAUGUAAUCCAGCCUUCUCAAUACAGUUUGGCAGUUGAACAAUACAAGCACCAUGUUCUGCAGAACAAUAAGCCUACAUUGUAUGGGUAUGUGUGAAUGCUAUCAAUACAUGUCAAUGACCUGUUAAAAAAAAGUCAGAAACAGUUAUUUCUUAAUAUUGUUUCUCCAAGAAUAAUAUAUGUUUUUAUGUUUUAUUGUCCAAAAGUGGGUGGCUGAAAGCUCUGAAAUUGGAAUUUGCCUCAUCCUCGUUCUCUGCUCUAUGUUGGAUCUGAGCCAACAUCAGCAGCCAUCUUUGUGCCAAACUGGGUUGCAGGGUUGGCUGAUCAAAAACAAUAUGUGAUGAGAACUCCACAGGAGCAACAAAUCAUAAAUGUGACCUCUGUCUGCUCGCAGUUGAAGGCAGCCUUGUACUAAUGUUUGUGUCUAACUGUUUGAUUUAGUCUCUGUGAAGUUGGCCUUGGGCAAGGCAAUAGACUUGGACUCAUUCAUGCCAAUUAAAAAUUACAGGACAAAAAAAAUCUCACCUUUAAAGAUAUUUAAAUAACAUGUAGAUAUUACAGGCUACUCGUGUCAUCUUAUGGACUAUAGGGUGGCUUCAGGGAAUUUGUUGUCUUCAGCAGUGACACUAUGGUGUUCAGAUGGAGUCUAUACUCACUGUUUUCUGUUGUGUUGUGUUUCCUUUUCAUUACAGUAUAUCCUCAUGUUUGCAUGUGCACGGAAAUGUUCCAUAGUACUGCCCUUAGACGCUGUGGGCGGUGCUCAAUUUCUUUAUUAUGCAUGAAAAUAAAAGUCACAUUGGAUGAAAUGGGAUAAACCUAACAACAAUUCAAGAUGAUGGACAAUUGGAAACACACACUGGGAUAACUGUUUUGUUGGUUGCUUUAUUUUAUUUUAUUUUAUUUUAUUUUUCAAGAAAACAAGGGGUCUUGUUUAGAAUGUUGUUGAUGUCUUUAGCCUAUUUCAUGUUUUUAUUACCUUAUAAUAAGGUCAUUUUAUGAUGAGCUGAAUAUUGAAAUGAAUUUUACUAUAUCCUUGUGAUGGGGAGAUGUGCUCCCCUGUUUACCUGGCAAUUCAGUUUGUUGUAAUGCAAUUGUUAUUUCUAUGUAAGUACUUGAAUAAAGAAAAAUAUCACUUGC